UUGACGUUUAACCCACCCAAUGUUCAAACCAAAUCUACGACCUUGCUUUGGCACAAAAAACAUUCAAUGACUUCAUCUUUCAAAUUAAAUUAAUUCUUUUCUCACUUCGACACAACAAACGGCAAAACUCAGUGUACCUACAGGUCAAUUUGCACAUGCUUAUGUACUGUUUUCAAAACUUCAAAAGAUCAAAACAAUAGCAUAAUACAAAACUGAAUAAGACAGAAAUAUGCUGCAUUUCUAGAGUAAUACUGUAAUGAAAUAUAUUCUGAAUCUAAAAAAUCAAACACCAUCAAAGCAAAUAGAUGAAACUGAACACCUACACAAGUGUUAGACUUUCAAUUUCAUCAUCCAUUCAAAGGGGAAAACUUGGGAAUAAUUUUGUACUGUUUUUGUUGUAUGUAAACAUGGUUCAUGUAACAUAAACUGCAGUGAAUUAUAAACAACAGAGAGUGUUAUUCUUUUUGUGGCAGUUUUUUUUUUUCAACUGCUUUCACACAACUUUGCCUCUUUUUUUCAGAACUUUACACACAAAUCCAAGAAUUGCACAAACAAAAUACAAAAUGCCUCACUUCUCUUGCAAAAUGCACUGCAUUUAAAAUAUCACAAACACAUCUCAAAAGCAAACAUUUGUCUUACGCAGCAAACACUUUUGCCAUCAUAUUCUAUUUUGGAUAUAUCAUACACACAGUUAUUCAAAACCUAAAGCUCUUCUUUCUUGAGCUUAUGUGUUCAUUUCUGUACAAGAUUGAAAGUAAUUGGCAGAGAGAUGCUGAAAAAUUCAUGGUAAACACGAAAGCUAGAUUGAAACCAAACUAUUUAUUGUUUUACUGUAAGCAUUUGUGGUUGUGAAUACAGUAUUACAGUAUGAAAGAAAAGAAAUACAUCAACCGUGUGUAGUUGGACAGAAACAAUGGUUGUGUUUGAAAAAGGAAAUCAAGAUUUUUGUGUUACAUAGAGAAUUGUGUGUUGUGUUUUGUGCUGUUGUGUUUUAUGAAAUUGAAAACUGAGUCGAAGGCUGAAAAUUAGUGUAUGGUUUUGCAGAUCUGGUGUGUGGUUCUGCUGUUUGAGUGUCAGGUUUCAGAAAUUGUGUGAAUUUUUGUGAUUUAUGAGGACACAAACUUGUAUAAUGACAUGGGUAUUACACUGGUAUUACGACGUAAACAUGAAAUAUGGGGACAUUUCACGAGUCCUCAUAUUUAAAAUAGCUUUAAAAACAUACUAAAAAUGUUUUAAAAAUGUAAAAAUGCAGACAGUUUUCUGUGAUGGGUUCGAACCCCCCCUCACUGCCAAAGGUCCAGAAUUUAAGUCGUUUUUUUUUUUUUUUUUUAAUGUGAUUAUUGUCAUCGUUGUUUUAAUCAAUGCUUGUGACAAAUAUUCUGGGUUGCUGUUUCAAAUUAAUAUGAUACAUUAUUGUAGCUGGACGUGUGUGUGUGUGUGCCGCGUGUGCAGUUCAGAGAGAGUUCUCGCAAUACACUUUUCAAAGCAACAGUGAAGAAGCAUCGCCUCUGAAUGAUGGGGGGGAGGGGUUAUAUAUAUAUAUAUUUUUUUUAAUUAAAAGGAUUUCUAUAUUUUAUCCACUCAAUAGUCUACAAUAUAAUAACCAUAUAAACGUAGCAUAAUUAUAAUAAUAAAACAUAGUGGGAUAUUCAGUGAUAUUGACUGUGCAAUAUCGACUUUUGUGAUUGGCCAAUACCGGCAGACUGGAGCCAAUGGAAAUGCUUCUCCUUCGGUGCGCGUCUUAUUCCACUGAGAACUUCAAAGCAGACCACUUGAGGUAAAUUAUCUGGAAUGAUUAGUAUAUUAAUUGAUUCACAAUGCCUAUAUGAGAGUGUUAUGUCUGUAGCGUUAAUGAUCCGUUCUGAGCUCAUGGUUAGCAUGAAGGUGCUUGCUGGUGAUGCUGAGUGUUUUUUAUGCGUGUCAUGUUAUCCUUUAUUUAUUAACUGUUAUGAGUUUAUUUUGCACCAAUUCACUGAUAGUGUGAGGAUGUAUGACAUCACGAGUAUGUACUAGUUGAGUGAACUUGGAUGUUCAUACAUCUAAUGAAUGAAAUUGGAGUGUUUAGUCAUUGACAAAGCUUCAAAAAAAGGUAUUUUGACUGUUUUUAUGUCAGGCGGUACAACCAAAUAGUGAGUAUGGGGCGAAAAGAGCAGGAGAGACGGAAGAGAAAGCAGGCAGCAGCGUCAUUGUCGCAGAAUAUUGAACAACUGGCAAACAGGGUAAGGUUGUUAUAUUUACUACAUAACCUAUAACAUUUGAUAGCUAACAGUCGUCAACCCCACUGGAGCAGAAGGUAGCUGAGGUUGUUCCUGUUAUACAGUGAAUUUUCUAUCUCUAUGAUUUACUCACUCGUAUGUUCUCUAAAAUUAAACACAUAUUUAUAAGAAAUGGAUUUAUCACUUAAACAAAGACAUUAAAAUUACUGUUUUGUAUUUUACACACCUUUUUAUUGAUAUAUGCAUUCAAUUUGAUCCAUAAGAACUAUAAACCACAAAAUGAUAAAAACAAAAUAUUUUUAAUUUAUGUUAUAGGCUAGGCUAAACUGCUUCUAAUCAUACAUAUAAAUCAUGUGAAACUAUAGUUAUUUUUUUGUUAUUAAUAUAAAAAAAAUAUAUAUUUUUUUUAAAUGUACCUUGUUUGUCUUCCAAAAAGUACGAAGCCAACUGUUACUGGAUAACAGGAACAUAUAACUUUGUGGUGAUUUUUUUUGUAGGGAAGUUAUGGUUAUCCAUGCCAAAUAAUAUACAAGUGUAUUUCAGAUAAUGAAACGCGACAGCUCAGCGAAGGUCAAGGUGAAAUGUGACAGCUCAGCGAAGGUCAAGGUGAAAUGUGACAGCUCAGGGAAGGUCAAGGUGAAAUGCGACAGCUCAGGGAAGGUCAAGGUGAAAUGCGACAGCUCAGGGAAGGUCAAGGUGAAAUGCGACAGCUCAGCGAAGGUCAAGGUGAAAUGCGACAGCUCAGGGAAGGUCAAGGUGAAAUGCGACAGCUCAGCGAAGGUCAAGGUGAAAUGUGACAGCUCAGCGAAGGUCAAGGUGAAAUGUGACAGCUCAGCGAAGGUCAAGGUGAAAUGUGACAGCUCAGGGAAGGUCAAGGUGAAAUGCGACAGCUCAGCGAAGGUCAAGGUGAAAUGCGACAGCUCAGCGAAGGUCAAGGUGAAAUGCGACAGCUCAGCGAAGGUCAAGGUGAAAUGCGACAGCUCAGCGAAGGUCAAGGUGAAAUGCGACAGCUCAGCGAAGGUCAAGAGGACCCACACCCUGUCAUGGAAGCUCCCGCCUAACCUACAUCCAGAGCCACCUCCUGCUGAUUCGUCUUUGCAGAGACCAUCCAGACCAUCAUGACAUGCGUCUAGAUCCAUUUCUUCUGGCACGGUUUCCAGUACUUCAUCCAGAUCACAUCGCAGCGCACAACGCAGAUCUCCCAGACAUGGACUCUCUGAUCUUCAAGCUGCCAUGUUGGAGGAAAGGCUAAAGACUCUAGACUUGGAAGAACUUCAACAGCAGAUCGAGGAGGAUGCCAUUGUUGAUAAAGAGUGUGAGAGACUUGAUGCUCAGGCUAGAGAAGCUCAGUAUAGGCAGGAACAAGCCACUAAGGCUAGAGAGUUGCUCGCUAAGCAGGUAGAGACCCGGCGGCAUCUCAAAAAAGUUCGAAAUGAGCUUGAGGCUGCUAAAUAUGUUUGUGCACUUCUUAAACAGGAAUCUCAAGAUGUUAAUGUUCCUGAUUCACAGUCCAGCCAUGCUGUUGAUCCUCUGUUUGAGGUAAGCGCUCAACAACACAGUUGCUGCUACUGUUGAUCUUAAAUCAUCCGACCACGUAAUGCCUAGUCAUUCUACCCCUUGCCAUGUUAACCUUAUAUCUGUGACAUCAGUAAUGCCUUCCCCUGUAUUACCUGCUGUACACAUUACCCGUUCAGUUCUGUCACCUCAGCUGCCGAGGUAACCCAGCCCAGCAUAGUUACAAGGUCAUUGGCUUCGCUAGUUACUGCACCGCCCACCUUAAUGUCUAGGCCAGAUUAUGCUGCUCCUUUACCCUUUAACCCAGCUGCGGUGGCCAGACCACACCAUUACCCAGAUACCUCUGUCACAUAUAGUCAGACACCCUUUGUUAGCGUCCUACCUACAGCUCCACCUACAGUUCCUGUAACGUUAGGGGCUCCCUUACAAACUCAGUCCUACCAAACCACGAAUCCUAGCCCUCAUUGGACAGCAGUACCGUAUCCUGUUCCCCUGCCUGACGCCUCUCAUAGUCAGCCAGCAUUGUACCCCUCCCCAGCCCAACCACCUGGUCUGGAAAUGCUAGCUGCCUCAGCUUAUGGUGCCCAAAGCCAGCUAUCCCAUACUUUGACACUGGCUGGGAAAGUGACUUUGCACUACUGAAGAUGGCCUUAGACAAUGUAAUGAAUAACCAGCCUAAUUUGAGUGAACAUUACAAAUAUCAGGUCCUUUUAAGUCACUUAAAACUUCCUAGCACUCUCCAGUUGGCCAAAGCAUACAUGCAUGACCCCAGGCCAUACACAACCGCAUUACAAGCGCUCCAGGAUAAAUAUGGCCAACCUCGUCAGCUGGUACAGUCCGAAUUAGGUGUCAUACUGAAUGCACCAGCAGUAAAGUUCGGUGAUGCAGAAGCGUUUGACUCCUUUUCCUUGUCUAUCCAAACUCUAGUAGGGAUGCUCAGAACGUUGGAGGGCCCAAACGGAUACGAGCUACGCUGUGGUUCUCAUGUUGAUCGCUUGUUAAGCAAGAUGCCACCAUCAUAUCGCAAUGGGUUCGUCGAGUACUGUUUCAGCCGAGGUAUUCUGCAAAAUGGCACAGACCGCACGUAUACAUUAACUGAUCUGUCUGCAUGGCUGCAGAUGAAGUCACAGGCGAAGCGCAUCUCCGAUAAAGCAGCUACACUGUAUCAGGCUGAUACUGCCAGAUCUGCCAAGAAAGAUCAGCAAAGGUCAGUACCUUCUCGCCCAAAAGAGAGAUCCACAUCUAUCUUGUAUUCAGCUGAGGCUAGUUCAGUCUUGCAGGGACAGACGAAAUCUAAGACUCCUUCUAAGAUUCAACCCUUUUGCCCAUACUGUAACACCAGAGACCACUUCCUUAAUGCUUGUCCCAAGUUCAAGAAACUGACCACAGAGCAAAUUGUACAGUGGAUAUCCAAAGAGAAGCACUGUUGGAAAUGUGGGCAAAUGCAUACUCCAGACAGUUGUACUCUGAAAAGAACCUGUACAAAUUGUAAAGAGUUACAUCUGACCAUCUUGCAUGAUGCAGCCUUACAGAUCCACAAGAGUGUGCUGUUGGUCAAUGUUCCGACCCCUCAGGUCUAUUUAGACCGGCCCAACCGAUCUCAAAAGAGUAAUGUUGAAGAUAGUCAAGGUCUUACUGCACAAUCAAGAGAAAGUCAUGGAAACAUACGCAGUGCUGGAUGAUGGUUCAGAGCGUAGUAUUGUUCUGUCACAGGCUGUAGACCAGCUGAAUCUCCCUACUGAACCAGAAACACUCACACUACACACUGUCCAUCAGGAUGUAGUUAAUCUGCAUGGAGCCACUGUUUCUCUUCAUGUGUCACCCUUGCACAAACCAGGCCGGAAAUACCUGAUUCAUCAUGCCUUCACCGCAGAUAACCUGAGACUUUCCGAACAUUCUUACCCUGUGUCUGCUCUUCAGCGCAAGUAUGAGCAUAUUAGGUCCUUGCCAUUACCCUUGAUCGACCGAGCCCAACCUCUGUUGCUCAUCGGGUCUGACAUGCCUCACCUGCUUACUCCUGUUCAGCCAGUGUGCAUGGGACCCGCCAAAGGACCGAUUGCUGUCUGUACCAGACUUGGUUGGACCCUCCAAGGUCCCAUUGGGCUCAGUCAAAUCACUCUUUCCUCCCCACGGUGUUUCCACAUAACCACAACCACACAGAAUACCGAGUUAUUCAAGAACGUGGAACGCCUCUGGCAAAUUGAUACUCUGCCCUACGUUAAUGAGAAGACAGCCACUUGUUCCAAACAAGACCAGUAUGCCCUUGCUCUUCUCCAGACACAUACAACAAGGGUAGAAGUCAGCGGAGUUAUGCAAUAUGCCACUCCCUUGCUUAGACGGCCAAAUGCUGAACUUCUUAAAGCCCCAAAGGAAGCAGUAAUGGCGAACCUUCGAAGCACUGAGCGUAAACUUGCUAAAGACCCUAGGCGAGCUGAGUCUUAUUGUUCUGAAAUGAGAAAACUGCAAGAAGCUGGCUAUGUGGCAGAGAUAUCAACACAAGAAGCUGAGCAGUCUCCUGAGUCAUGGUACAUCCCUCACCAUAUGGUGACGCAUAACCACAAGGACAGAAUCAUUUUCAACUGUUCUUAUUCAUACCAAGGCCAAGCUCUAAAUGACACCCUCCUCCCUGGGCCUGUUCUUGGUCCGUCUUUACUUAAUGUCUUGCUGAGGUUCUGCGAAUACACUGUAGCCAUCAGCGGAGAUGUGAAAGGCAUGUUCCACCAGGUUCGCCUCUUGCCAAGUGAUAAGCCUAUAGUGCGCUUUCUGUGGAGAGACAUGCAGAGGACAGAACAGCCUAAGAUCUACGAAUGGCAAAUCUUGCCAUUUGGCACAACGUGCAGCCCGUGCUGUGCCAUAUAUGCACUCCAGGAAAUCGCUCAGAACCACCCGCAAGUAGACCCAGCUCUGGUUAGAACAGUCAAAAGUUCCUUUUAUGUAGACAACUGUUUACAUAGCCUUCAAACGGUUGCUGAAGCUAGAGCAUUAGUAGACGACCUACAGCAACUUUUGCUCACCGGUGGAUUCGAGCUCCGCCAAUGGGCCAGCAACAGGCCCGAGGUAAUCCAGCAUCUUCCCUCUGAAGCAAGAUCACAGAAUAGUGAACUCUGGCUAUCACAAGAGAGUACUGACCUUCUGGAAGGUACACUUGGGCUUAUGUGGAACUGCCUCAGAGACUCAUUCAGCUACAAACCCAGUCAAUCUGGAUGCCUUGAACCCACUCUGCGUAAUGUCUACAGAGUUUUGGCAUCACAAUAUGACCCUCUGGGUUAUCUAAUUCCAUUUACUACCCGAGCCAAAGUGCUGGUCCAGGAUUUAUGGAAGAACAGUCUUGGGUGGGAUGACCCAAUCACAUCUGACAGCCUGUUAACCAGAUGGAAAGACUGGCAACAAGAGCUCCAAAGUUUGAAUCAGAUCGCAAUCCCAAGGUGUUACACUCCAUUUGAGGGGCAUGGAGAAAUCCUCAAUUGGGAUUUACAUAUAUUCUGCGACACAUCGGAGAGGGCUUAUGGCUCAGUGGCCUACAUGCGCACAGAAAACAAUGAAGGACAUGUGCAUGUCUCAUUUGUGUUAGCCCGUUCACGAGUGGCGCCUCGUAAGCAAAUGACAAUUCUUCGGCUGGAGCUUAGUGCGGCAUUACUGGAGCGCAUGUGGCUAAUAUUCUUCAAGCUGAACUAACUGUUGACAUUAAUCGUGUCAUUCUCUGGUCAGACUCUUCUACCGUCCUCCAGUAAAGGAUUUAACCCCACCUUGUCACUGGAUUAAUGCACCAAAUUUCCUGCAUCAGCCAGAAUCAUGUUGGCCCACUUUGCCAAACGAUGAACCUUAACCAGAGGCAGAGUUGAAGAAGUCAGCAAUUUGCCUGCAUGUAUGCACUAGUUCAGACAUUCCCCUUCCUGAUGUCAACCAAUUUAGUACCUGGACUGAGCUACUAAAGGCUACAAUGACAUCCCUUCAUGGGGCGGCUACAUCUUCCACGCAGUCAACAGAUGAUUCAGAUAGUUACAUCUCAGCAGAGAAGCUCCUACUACAAAAGGCUCAGAAAGAUUCCUUUCCUGAGGAGUUUAAGUCUCUCGCUUCUGAGCGACCAUUACCAUCCAACAGCAGAUUAGCAUCCUUAUCUCCAGAGUAUGACAAAAACAUUGGACUUAUCAGGGUUGGAGGGAGAUUAAGACAUGCUAAGCAUAUGGAAUUGGAUGCAAUACAUCCCAUUGUGCUUGAUCCGCAACACAACCUAACCAAGCUUCUGAUCAAGGACUAUGAUGCCUCCCUUUUACAUCCUGGAGCAGAAAGAGUCUUUGCCGAGCUGAGAAGACAAUACUGGAUUCUGCGAGGAAGGGAAGCUAUCAAGAAGCAUCAGUAUACGUGUAUGGACUGCCAGAAAUGGCGUGCCAAGCCUAAUAUACCCAAAAUGGCCGACCUCCCACCAGCACGUCUACGUCUGUACAAACCCCCAUUCUAUUCCACUGGAAUGGAUUGCUUUGGUCCAUUCACAGUGAAGAUCGACCGACGAACAGAGAAAAGAUGGGGAAUAGUUUUCAAAUGUCUGACCACACGUUGUCUCCAUCUUGAUCUCUUAGAGAGCCUUGACACAGAUGCAUUCUUGAUGUCUCUCCACAGAUUCAUAGCUCGAAGAGGGAAACCAUUUGAGCUUCUUUCCGAUAAUGGUACCAACUUUGUUGGAGGAGACAAAGAGAUGAGAGCAGCCUAUGAAGCCAUGACGCCUCAACUAAAGGAACAACUCGCAGAGCAACAGAUUUCAUUCAGAUUUAUUCCACCUGGUGCCCCUCAUUUCGGGGGAGCUUGGGAGCGGGAAGUUAAGUCAGUAAAGCAGGCCCUAAAGGUAGUACUGAAGGAUCCAACAGUGACUGAAACUGUACUGCGUACUGUGCUCACUGAGGUAGAGGGCAUCCUAAAUGCUAAGCCUUUGGGAUACGUGUCCUCAGACGUGUCGGAUCCAGAUCCAGUUACGCCUAGCAUUCUCCUAAUGGGCCGACAUGAUUCCUCACUCCCACAAGUGCUCUAUGAUUCAAGUAAUCUUUUGGGAACCAGAAGAUGGAAACAUAGCCAGGUACUUGCUGGCCAUUUCUGGUCUAGAUUCAUCCAUUACUAUCUCCUGAAUCUGCAAGAAAGACAGAAGUGGCGUAAAGAUGGAGGAGAAAUUGGUCUAGACCAGGUGGUACUGAUAGUGGACCCACAACUUCCACGUGCAUGUUGGCCAGUAGGUAAAGUGACAAAUAUUUUCCCUGGACUUGAUGGGUGUACCAGAACAGUUGAAGUUCAGGUACACAAUUGCACAUAUGUGAGACCUGUAUCCCGUAUAGUCCCACUCCCUAAGCUUUCUGAUGAUGACCCUAUUGAGCCUACCAAUUAGUUAGGGUUUCUCACUAUUUCAAAUGUCCUUACUCACAUUUGGGGGCGGCUGUGUGAGAAAGUGGUACGUAAUAUACGCAGCUCAUUCAGGCGUGGACGUGCAGAAUCGCCAGCUGAAUCACGAAUAUGAAUCAGGCUGGCUGGACUGUUUAUUCCACUUUGUAUAUGUUUUCUCCCGUGCGUGAAUGAUUGCUGGUGAGUUUUCAACUGUAUUUUGCCUUUGUGGUUGAUAUUGUAGUUCUGAAUGUUGAUAUUUGCCCGUGGAUUGAGCGCAUUUGGAACUGCGUCACAAAGUGAAACCAGGGUGUUUUCAUAUCAGACUUUGAUCGUGAAAAUAAGUGUUUUUCCAUUUAAGUAUGGAUACUAUGUUCACUUACUGGUUGCAUAUCGCCCAGUUUGUUCAGUGUUUGUUUGAAAAUGUUGAAUUUGAUGACGUUGCGUAUUUUCUUUGUAAUAUUGAGCAUACGCAACGAUCGUGUGAUCUGCUUUUCAUUGUUUAUUUAAUUAUUUAUUAAUAUAAUUAGCAAGCAGUUAAACCAUGUAUGUUAAUUAAUAUAUUACUUAAUAACUGAAUGUUUGUCAUUUUACUGAUAUAUUUACAACUGUUUUCCUUGUUUCUCUUCUGUUUAUUAUAGACCACAUGUGUGUAGUAACAUAUACAAACCUCCUUUGAUUAAAUAAGUUAAACUGGGAUUCCCUCUCCUGUUUCUCUUACCGGAAACACACACACCCCAUCUUUGGUACACUACACCUGAACCCCCUGAGCGUCCCAUACGCUCGUAUAAAGCAAUGCCCCGGUUUCACCAAUAUGUAAUAUCUAAAUCAAACUGUAAUAUCCAUGAUGUCCAAAACGUCAGUUUUUCAUAAAUACAAUAUUUGUCUCUGAGAUGGAGUGCAGUUGAAUAAAAUCCUAAAGUACUGUACUUUAAAUUUAGACGUAAACACAGCUUAAAUACAGAGUAAAUGUAUAAAUAUGAAUGUAUAUAUUUUCACAGUUAACGUUUCAUUUAACAUAAAAAACAAACAAGGUUAACUAGUUGCUAACGAUAUAAAACUAACAUUACAUAGUUU